UUCCCGGGCCAAAACCCAUUUGAUAGUGUGCAAUUGAAAGUAGGGUUCUUCCACUCGGUGCAAAAGCUUACGGUUGACAAGCAUUACAUUUCGACGCAUGUCGGCUUAGGUUGGUUGCGGAAGCGUCCACACAUCGAUUGUAAUUCGUACUACAGAUGCCUUUCUUAGGCGCAUGGAUGCGUGUACAUAAGAAGACAAGAGGCCAGAGCUCAAGGAAACUCACCCGACUCUGGCUUGCUCUCCUGCAAGCCGAGAACCAGCGGCUGGGACGAAAUUGUGGGAGGGGAGCGAGCGAUGGAGCCAAGUGUGUACGCAGAUGCCGUGCUGGCAGCCGAUCAGGCACAGGACGGUCACAGUCUCGCGCUCCUCUUCAGCAACCACUCGUUCAUCGCCGACGAGCUGACGCACAAGGUCAGGAAUAUUCCGCCUAUACGCAUCUUCCCGGCGUUGCGCAAGUGCAAAGGGUACCUCAAGGAUCAUUGGGAGGCCUCGUGCAAUGCGCACCUCACCUGCCUGCAGCAUCUCUACCACGCAGCCACCGAAGGGGGGCUGACGCCCGACUCGUUCACGUCCAAAUGGAACAAGCAGCAACGGCAGCAGCAGUAUCAGGGCCUCGACGUGUCUGCUUGCGCCCAUCACCUUCACCUCGCAUUCGAACAGCAGAUUCAGCUCGUCUCGACCCUCCUGCGCUGGUUUCAAGGCUUGUCGCCUGGAAGAUGGGCCCUGCCCCUCCUGCUUAGUCUCCUGCGUGACCUGCUCAGUUUGGCCUCGCGCCUAGACAACGCAGAAGGUGCUGCCUUCCUUCUAUCUCACUCUGCGUCCACCGCGGCUGCAGCUGCAUUCGAUGUGCCGGCUGCAGCUGGCGGUAAAUCUGCGCUAGGCAACAAGCACUUGGAGGAAGCUGCGCGGCAGCUCAACAAGGCGUUCACAGCCUGUGCCGCCGAUCGACUGUCCGAACCGGAAGAUAGCAGAAAGUGGGGCACAUAUGCCAUCGUCAAUCUGGUCUUUCGCACGUACUUCAAGCUAAAAUCGACGCCCCUGUGCAAGAACAUAUUGCGAGCACUCAGUGCAGCGCAAUGUCCACCGCUUGAAACGUACAGCUUGGCGGAUCAAGUAUCGUUCCGCUUCUACACGGGUGUUCUUGCCUUCCUCGAUGAAGAUUACACCAAAUCAGAAGAAUACUUGAGUUUUGCGUUUGAGCAUUGCCAUCGCGCACAGCUCGACAAUCAGGAGCUCAUCCUGCAAUACCUCAUACCGAUCCGUCUCUUACGCGGCUCCCUACCGGCGCCACUCAUCUUCACCCAAUUUCCACGCCUCUGUGCCUUGUAUGCGCGCUUCACGACCGCCUUCCGCCGCGGCGACGUGCGCUUGUACGACCGAGCGCUGGCUGAUCCUAAUAUCGAGUGUGCGCUGAUCAUCAAAGGCGUCUACAUUGCCAUGGAACGUGCCAGGGAAGGCUGCUUGCGCACGCUCUUCAGGCAGGUCUGGCUCGCAAAGGAUCGAAAUACCAGGCUUCCACUGGAGGUAUUGCAUCGCGCCUUGACCUGGGUCGGGCUCGAGCUCGCCAUCGAAGAGACAGAGUGGUACGUAGCCACUCUUAUUCAUAAGGGUUACAUGAAAGGAUAUAUCUCACACGAGCGUCAGAUGGUCGUGCUCUCAGCAAAAGAGGCUUUCCCACCUUUACAUUCUGUAAUAGCGCGGAAUGAUUGAUAAUGAUAC